AUGGGGCGCGGCAUGAUGCAGAUCAACCCCAUGAAGGAUCAGCAGAAGAGGAACAAGCGGCAACAAGAGAAGGAGGAGGAGAUGGAGAAGAAGCGGGAGCUGCUGAAGCAGGAGCCCGCCGAGACACGCCGAAGAAAGCCCAAGGCGAACAAGUCGGCGGACAACCUCUCCAAGGGCAUCGGGGCGUUCUUUGUCUUCCUCGCGGUCGUGCUCCUGGGCCUGUGCGUGCCCUACGACUCCGGGGAAGCCACUGCCCCUGGCGCCAACGCCACGAACUCGACCGGCCCCGGUGCGGGGAAGUGA